AUGCCUCCACGGCGCGCUUCUGCCGCCCAUAACGUCGCGUCCUCCUCCACGCGGGCCCAUAGAAGCAAUGGGUCGAAUCACAGCAUCUCUGGGCAGUCUCCUGUCGUGCAGUCGCAGAAUCUUCCUUACAGCUCCAACUCAAUACCUGCGACACCUCAACAAAAAGUAGUAUAUGUUCUCGUGAACAGACUGAAAAACAAGCUCCCAUGUAAUUCGGGUAUUACUUUGACUGAGCUGGAGACGGAUGAGGCAACGCAAGAAGUGGUCGAAUCUCUCGUGGAAUUGUCGCGGGAGUCACUGGAUAUUAUAGCGUGGGCGCUGAGUGAGUUGCUGGAGAAAUUGGCCAAGCAAAUUGACCCCGACAACUUCAGAAAUCUCGAUGUUCUACAAUCACAACUCUUUGUACUGAAGGUUCUCUCCAUUGCAAUGGCGUCGCGUUGGAACCGCCGUCCAGAGGCGAAUAGGCCGGACUCUCGAAAUAGCCAGCAACCGAGCCUCGCCACCUCCAGGACCUGUGUCCCAGAUUCUCCCGUUCAGGCCAGAAGUCGCGAUAAGGAGUCGUAUGAUCAUCUGUCAUCUCUGCGGGUGGAACCUCCUCCCCUGGAUGACAACUGUGCCAAGUAUGUCUUGAGCGUGAUGGUACUUUUCCUCCGACAAACCGCUCCUCCGAAAUACCGUCUAAUGUCUUCUGCGAGUUUGAAUUUUGUCGCGUCGUACCACGACUUUGAGUCCAUCGAGCUUCCGGAAGUGGAGCCGUCCACAGACGUCUUCGCCAACAGCGCCAGUACGCCUCCCAGCAUCUCGCCGUUCCCUAGAAGCAUGAUACGCGCAAAGCAUUCGUCCUCAACAACUCUCAAUUCUCCACCCAGCACAAUUUCGUCUGCUUACAUCUCGAAGCAUUCGCUCGUCUACGAGACAACGUCUCUUGUUACCUCCAAAGCGAUGGGCUCCUUGAAUGCCCUCAUCACCAGAUUCGUCGGUCGUGUCGUAUAUCACUUGUCGGCUUCGAAUUGGCCGAUUGUCCUGACGCGCAUCCGGAACAAGAUCCAUUCCCUCGCGAAUACAACAGAAAUUGAUCCAGACGUCAUUGACUUGCAGUUGAUGACCCACAGUGCGCUGGAUAAAGUGCGGUUGACGCAGGCCCUGUACGAAUUGUCGUCGCUCCUGGUGAACAUGAAGCGAGAGGCGCAGAUGGCGAUCGCGAUACCGCUGCGAGGUGCGAUCUGGAACUGGAUCGAACUAUUUCCGGAAGAGUUCAAUGAGACUAUUUGCCGCCACCGUCGGCUCGAUGGUGGUCCUGAGCGCGUCUUCGACAUUUUGUACGAGACCUGGGAUGUGGUCAAGGAUAAGAUGAACCAGAAUAUCUGUCCGACCCUCACGGCACUUAUGUGUAUCAGCAACGACAGAGUGAGGGUCGACUACACCACAAAUUCAGUGGGCAUGCCUCUGUCUUCAAUGUACAAUCGUAAAGACAAAAACUUUGUCGACGUGAUGAUUAGGAACCUGCUGGUCGAGACGAAAAUUUCAGAUGUGGCUCUAAUCUGCGUCUUGGACAUUUGCAGAGCCGCUUCUCGACUCAAUCCCGAGGAUGGGAGCGAGACGCCGUUGUUCUCGAUGGCGUCUGAUAUUGCCCAUCAUCUUAAGGGACAACUUCUCCAAUGGGGCAGUCAGAAACCAUUCUGGGAGGAUCCGGAUGAGAUAGAUGUUGCUCUUAUCAGUGAUAUUCUUGUGACAAUCUACCGCUUCCUGCCUCUUGAAGAUACGCUACCUAUCUUUGGGCUUUGUCUCGAGCCUGAACGCGCAUAUGCGGUGAAGAUUUCCGUUGUGAAAGCAUGCACGACUCUUGUUAUCGAGGCUUCUCGCAUCCCGUGGCAGAAGCCUCUUGAUCAAUUGAAGGCUGUGGUAAUCCCACGUCUGCCUAUUAUCUACAAGGUUUGCGCGAGUCGUCGCAGCGAAACUGACCCGCAGGGGAACAUGAAAAAGAUUGCUGUACGGCCGAAAGCCAAGAGAUAUACCUCUGAGACUCUGCCCGACCGAGAGUUGAUAGUGUUCUCAAUCUUGGCCUUGUAUCGGACAGACCCUAUGUUCUGGAUAGAGUCCCUUACUAUGGAUCAGGAGCCGCAUUGGAUUCCAGAAGGAUUGGACUUGUGGAGGACACCCCGCGACCUUACCCACAAGCUGUGCAUGGCGCGGACAUUCCGCCGUUUAGUUGAUGCAGUUGUCAACAUGACUCCGGAAAAUGUCUACUUUGAAGUUGCUAGUGCUUGGUUGAAAUCCACGGCACCCGCCGUUCUUGCGGCUUUGGGCAUGAACCUGAUUGACACGCGCACGGAUCUUCAGUCGCAGCGCAUGUUCAUCAGCAUGGCGUACGAGAUUAUGUAUCGCUUCAGUUCGAGUACUAAAGAGCAUAUCGAACCCAUUCAGAUGUGCACUGAUCGUGUACCAGCCUUUGCGAUAGCGGAGAUAGCUUUCCUAGUCUCAUUGACCUCCGCAGACAGCUAUGUCACAUUGACAGCAGCUCACUGCCUUCGUCUACUUGCGCGGGCCGAGACAAUGCCUAAGGCUCCAGCACCUGCUGCAGAGAACGAGGAGGAGAGGGUAAAGCGUUACACGCUCUACGAGCAGUUAGGUGAUCCUUCGGUUAUUGCUGUCGGGCGAAUCGGACAUCAGAAGCGCGUUAGGAAGAUCAUGCGUUCGAUGACAUUUUCUUCUGCGAUCAAUACGGCUGUGUGGGAGGAGUGCUUCUGGCGCUGGCAUGCACUUCAUGAUCUUGUUCAACGGACAACACGAGAACUAGAAAGAUGUGAUCCCAAUAUGAGACCCAUUGGAGACAAUUCGCUCACACUGGAGGAAUGCCAGGCUCAAUGGCAAAAUCUCACUCUUUUUAUGACAGCAUUCGGAUCAGCGUGUAUACGCGACGGCCAUGAUCCUUCGGCCUUGACUACGACGAUUCCUUCCUACUACCUUCCAGACCAGAUGCGAGUACUGCGGGAUCCUGCGGACUUGCUCUCAUCCUUCUUAACAGUGCUUAUCGACCUGUUGAUUUCAGAUACUGUACAACAUCGGGAAGUUGCAAGAGAAGCCCUGAGCACCGAGGUGCAUCCGCGGUUGUACACAAGGGUUUUCAAGGAGUUGGAUAGUGUACUUCGCCAAAUCAGCGGUGAGAAGUUGCAUUGGGAAUCUCUUGCAGUUUUCCUUGACCAAUUUACUGCGAUCCUGAGAGUACUGGUCGAAAACGUUCAGAACGUAGAAGAGAUGCGAGGCAUUGACAUCGGGUCUACGCUGUUGAUUCUUGCUGGCUUCAUCACGCGCCUGCACGAUCCGUCAUCGUCUCGCAUCAAGAUCAAGUACUGUGGUCUAUGCGAAAGUGUCUUCAAGCAAGCGGAAACUAUCAUUAUUCGCAAAGACACCGACACGCGCCAAAAUGUAGUUGAUAUUGUUAUCGACUGGAUCCAGGAUCCGUCGUUGAUCGAAGCUCCAGACCUUGCAGCGACGCAACGCGAACUCAAUAUGACCGCUUUCAAGACGGUUGUGAACCUACUCGACUGUCUGCAACUUCAAGCUCCUCCAGGCACCAGUGGAGAAGAGGCUACACAUGUCAUUUCGCGACUCUUUAUUCGCUACCUGAACUUCCUGCUGAAGGUUGUGGAGAGCAGCCGCACUAACUACAUUGUCGGUGACGAUGGUUUGUCUGACAAAGCAUCGUCGCUCUCGCAAAUGCGAGCCACUCAGCAGGAGGAUCAACUACGCGAUCUUGUGUUGACCGGAAUCACCUCUCUGAUCAGCGCCAAUACGGAGUGUGGAGUGAAGCAUUUUCUACCUCUAGCAUAUGACAAGGACAACGCCAAGCGGGUGUUAUUUGCGAACGUGUUCACACGCGUUUUAGGUCAAGGCAUCGAGCUCUCUGCGGAGAACACUCAGCCUGUGGUCAACCGACAAAGUCGCUUGUGCGAGCUAAUAAAGGGGCCUGACAUGAUUCUCGCCCUCGCUAUCUGCCAAAUCUGUCCCUCCGGGGAGGUAGAUAACUUGAUCUCUGUCCUGCUGAAUCUCUUUGAUACGAGGUCCUCGCUGAUGACCCUUAUGAAGAUGAUGAUUGACUUGGAGGUAGCAAAUACAGACAGCGAUACUGCAUUAUUCCGUGGCAACUCUACCUGCACCCGUUUUCUGUCGGCUUUUGCCAGCAUCUAUGGCUACAACUACUUGAGGAGCAUUGUCAUGCCGCUUCUGAAAACGAUGUCUUCUUUGCCAGCAGGACAUGGUUACGAUCUUGAUCCGCUUAAAGUCGGAGAACAGGCUGCGGUGCAGAAUUCCGAGAAUGUUAAGCUCGUAGUCACCUCUUUCCUUCAGAUCAUCUCGUCUUCAGUCCCUACUAUCCCCUCGAUGUUUCGCGAGAUAUGCGCCCACAUUGCCAAAGCCGUCCAGGAGGUGUGGCCGGAGGCUAAGUUUGCUGCGAUAGGCUCGUUUAUGUUUCUACGGUUCAUCUCCCCUGCCAUUGUCUCCCCCGAGACGGUGGACAUUGAAGUUCCGAAGGAGAACAAAGUCAUCCGCCGUGGCCUGAUGAUUAUUGCGAAGGUCAUGCAGAGUCUUGCGAACAACAUUUUCUUUGGGAAGGAACCACAUAUGAUCUCUUUGAACAAGUUCUUGGAGGACAAUAUCAUGAAUGUGACCCGUUUCCUGAGCGAAGUGAGGAUCUACAAUCCAACCCCUCCCGAUGAGGAGUCUGAUGAAUGGUUGAACACGACUUAUGAUGAUACUGAUACAAUAGUGCUGCACCGUAUCCUCGAGAAACAUGCUGACAAAGUCGGUAAAGAGUUAUUAAGCCUGUCGAAGCCACCUCCUGACCAACAGCUUACUCCCGAGGGAGAAGCAUCCACUGCCAAUGGGAAGCGCUUGUGGGAUGCUCUCUGUGCAGCGCUGCUCGAGCUAGGACAGCCGUUAGAGAGUCCGCAGGUUACUGAAUCGACUAGCCAUGCGCAUCGGGAGUACCUUGACUUGAUGUCGAGGUAUGACUACAAAGACACCACGUCAGUGCAGGAUCUAUUUGUCAAGGCACUCACACCUCAGGAUACCGCUGUAUUUGUUCUUUCUGUGUCAAAGAUUGACGUGGAAGUGCUAGACAUUGAAUUAUUGCUGUACCAUAUCUUUAAGAGUCUCACUUCGCCUCUAAACGAUAUACGGGACUUUGACAUAGUGUUCGACUUCACAUGUUUCACCGCUGCUUCUCAGAUACCGGCUCAAUGGUUGAAGUUCGCACAUGAGGUCAUACCGGCCGAUAUUCGGAAACGCUUCAAAACAUCUCACAUUUUAGCUCCGAAUACUCUGGCCUUGAAAUACCUCAGAAGAUUGUACAAUCUUGCGUCGGGCGCACCGUUGUCCAAGGAGUAUUCAACCCAUUGCUCAUUGGAGGAACUCCUGCAGAAAUAUCCUCCAGGCACUUACAUGUCUUCAUUGUCGUACGCUGGGGAUUUGGAACAGGAGCAUCGAACACCCUUCACGGAGGUGACAAUGCGACAUACACAUCCCAUGCGUGAGCCAGUCACACUAAUAGUCGCCACAAACCACUUGCGAGUCACCACAAUGAAGGCUCAACCGAUCUGCAACUCGUUGGCGUGUAAAGCGACGGAGAUAGUACCGCUAUCGGAUAUUAAUGACGUCUAUAAUGUCGCAACGGGCCAUGAAUCCAAUGAAUUCAUCAUCCGCAGAGUUCGCCAUGGGGUCACCCUCUAUUUCUCCUCUCCUCUCCGUGGGGCAGUCGUCCAGGCCAUCCGAACUGCAAAGGGUUCUGCACAGCCUCUACAAUUGCCCGGUGCGGAGCGUUUCUCCAGAUUAUCCAAUAUCGUGAUCACACUACUCCAUAUUGGCAUGAUGAGUAUGAGCUCUGAAGACGAGGAACUUCAUAUGGCUGCGUAUCAUCUGCUUUCGGCUGUCUGCACAUACCUCGAUUAUGAAGGAAAGCCGCUCCUGCCAUCAAAGACUGUUAUUGUGAACGGGCCUCCCGGUCCUUUCUUAGUGCAGCUCAAUGAAGGAUUAGCCGGCUUCGCCCCUCAGCUCACGCUCGACUUCAUUUCCGAAACAGUCUCGGGGCUGAAUAAAGCUUCGACAGUGCAAAGAGUGAACUGCUUACAUUAUAUCAGCGCUUGGAUCAGGAAUAUGCAUUAUUUUACUAAUCCGGCCAGCAAAUAUUACGAGCAGUCUGGUGCAAAAUUCCGGGACUGUGUGCGGGUUCUGAUAGAGUUGACACUGGCUGAACAAGAGCUUCAUUAUCUUGUUCAGAAAUAUAUAUGGCUCGAGUUUGCCAAAUACGACAGCAGCGUCGUCUACCCUGUGUUAGAUGAAUUAAUGCGUGCCGCGGUAGACGGAGGGAUAGGUUCAUCAAGAGGUGAGAUAGUCGCGAAGACACUGGGAGCAUUUCCAUCCAUCCAUGUCCGCGCUCGGCUAUCGAAUCGUUUACGCAAGGUUGUCGGAAAGACUUCCACAAAGCCAACGAAGAACCUGGCAGACAAUGCGCAUUGGAGCGAACUUGUGUGCCUCUGUCGACUCGCUCUGGUUGUCAGCUAUCAGUCGAGAAAUGCGGCCAGUAGUCAAGUGUUCGUUCCCGACACCCUAUAUGUCUCCAGCAUCAUGGCCGCCACCGGAUCUACCUAUGUCCGCGAAACGAUAUAUGGCGUCUUGGUCAACAUGUUGAACUCCCUGUACACUGCUCGACUUAGCAAUAAUACUGCGAGUCCUGAGAUCCAGUCCCUUCUGCACGAAUGUGAACAGCCUGAGACACUACGCCUGUUCGGGCUCGUGCGGCAUACUCCCUCCAGCGAUCUCUAUUCGAUUGAUCCACCGAACGAGAGGAUUUUCAUUGACACUCUUGAAAGCAUGAUGCGGUUCCUUCUACGGAUCCUGGAGACAAUCUCUGACUCGAAUGAUAUAUCAAAUACUUGGCGUGCACGAUGGAUGAGUCUGGUAACAUCCUCAGCAUUCCAGCUCUCACCCGCCGUUCAAACCCGCGCCUUCAUAUCUCUCGGAGUUUUGGCCAACUCAGACGUGGACGACGAUCUUCUCUACCAGAUGCUUGUGGCUUUCAAGACUGCUCUGUCACAAUCCAACGAGACGGACAUCACCUGUGUUGUCAGCAUGUUACGCUGCAUUCGCAAUGUUGUUCCUGCUCUACCGCGUAACUCCCGGUAUAUCUGCCAACUCUUCUGGCUGUCAGUUUCCCUCCUGCAAUCAAGUCACAUAGGUCUCUACGUAGAAGCGAUCCAUUUACUUCGAAUCACCUUGGAGGUGAUGGCAGUACAAGGCGCGUUCGAAGAAAAUGGAGUAUCUGCCGUCCUUUUGGAUGGUAGAGCACCGCUUGAGGAGAUCGCAUGCCAACUGGACCAGCUUCUCGGCCUCUCUUUUGAAUCCAGUUUUUCGUUCUCCCUCGCAUCUAUCAUCUUCAAGGGUAUCCGCCAUUCAGGAUUGAAGGAUGCCGCAGAAGCUGCACUGAGGAGCUUACUACGGAUCACUGCAACGACUUGCGGGGAAGCAGAGCACGCCGACGAUGGGCCCAAUACACCUAUUUGUCAGGAGGUUCUCGGCUACUUCCUGGCCCUGAUACCAAUAUCCACAACGAAGACGAGCUUCAGACAGCUUGUUGAUGAUUCCAACUUGGAUUUGUCUUGGGUUUCGGAGGAACCCUCCCCAUCUCUCAAUGAGGAAGAAGAGCCCUUUGUCAAAAUUCCGUUCGAAAUGCUCGGCUUGAUGGACAGCAAUACAGCGCUGUUCGUGACAUCAUUCGUAGGCGCGGUGCUUACCACCGCCCAAGGAGACGACGUGGAAUCGCAGAUUCUGUACAACCUGUUGUCCGAUGUCGGAGACGCCUUCCCGAACAUUGCGUCGUUAACAUACGAUAGCCUACAGGACAAGAUCAAGGAUGCAUUUGCGAAUUCCUCUAGCCCCGCGAUUUUAAGCUCAGUCUCCAAUUUCUUCCAAGUGGCCAUGCAGGACACGGAGAAGGGAACACUUGUGCGAGGGUCCGGAUCUGCGUCGACUCUCAGUACUGUCGAUGAGAGUACUGUCCACGGCCCUGGUCGGGGUCACCUGUACGCCUUGGAGGAGCUCAAUAUGCAGGGGCUGGCCAACAGUUUCCAAUUCUUGCCUCCCAACCGCGGACACGCUACGAAGAUGAUCAACUGGAUAUCGGAGCUCGUGGUGAAGAUUAUUGAAUGA